ACAAUAUAUGGCAUCUAUUCACUUGGCUGUCUAGUGAUGGACUCUGGUGAACACUUUAUGAAACAGCCGAACGCAAGGAAUGGUGGUACAUUUGUACCUCAUGUUAUCUUGGAGGGUACAUUCACUUUAUGUUGCCAGUAUUGUAGCAUGUUAUUGGCGUAGGAGGCGACGGAGUGGAGUGAAGAGCGCAAUGCUGGAAGUGUGUGUUGACAGUGUGGAGUCUGCUCUGAAUGCUUACAAUGGGGGAGCGUCUCGUCUGGAGUUGUGUGCAGCUUUGAGUGAAGGUGGGCUCACCCCCUCUCCAGGAAUGCUCCAGAUUGUUAAAUCUCUUGUAACAAUACCAGUAUUUGUAAUGUUGCGUCCUCGUGGGGGUGAAGAUUUUGUGUAUUCAUGUUAUGAAGUUGAGGUUAUGAAACAUGAUGCUAGCAUAUUAAAGAACUUGGGUGCGGAUGGAUUUGUGUUUGGAGCUCUGACUCCAUCUGGUGAGAUAGACAAGAAUGUCUGCAAGGAAAUCAUGGAUGUAGUGUCGCCUCUGCCAGCCACAUUCCAUCGAGCAUUUGAUGUGUGUCAUGAUAUCCGCAUGGCUCUACCUGCUGUCAUAGAGGCUGGAUUUUCCCGUCUUCUGACCAGCGGACAGGAGUUAACAGCAAGUGAAGGAAUUCCUGUUAUAAAGAAAUUAGUUUUGAAUGCAAAUGGACGAAUUAUUAUCAUGCCUGGUGCAGGAAUCACAAAAGUGAACAUUGGGGAAAUUCUUCGACAGACAGGAGCACGAGAAUUUCAUGCAUCAGCUAAGGUUUUGAAGAAAUGUAGUGGUCCACCCAGCAAGUGCACCCUGGGGUCCAGGAGUCAGCAGAAUGUGCUUGUGACAUCAGAAGGGCUGGUUAGGGAAAUGGUGACAGUUGCUGCUGAAAUUGUGAGAACCAGAAAGUGGGAAAUCAGCGUGUGAGUCACUGGGGCAUGCUGUAUUUCAGUCGCUACAACUCAAAGAAACCAGAAGGAAAGGAAGUGACGCUUGUAAUACAAUCUGCUUCACACAGCCUGUAAUUGUAACACUGCUUGUAUUCUUGCUUCAGACAUUUGUGUAAAUAUAAGCUGAAUGGUCA